AUGAUGGUGCCGCAAAGCUGCCUAAUGUGGGAUGGAAAGGAAGGCUGGGAGAGCGUAUAUAGAAGCGUGCCCGACCUCGUCGUGGCAACCUGUACGGCAGCGCUGGCAGCUGAGAUUGCGCCACCCUCUCUUAAAGCACUGUACACGCGCUUCCCGGAUAACGCGGCCGACCUGCUGCGAGAUGGCGCGCUGCUGGUCCAGCUGCUCAAUCCGGCGGAGGUGAGCACCGUCCUUCACCAACUGUCCACACAGAAGACGGACAAGAAGGCGCCGCGCAGGCUGGAUCACUCACAAGGGAACGGGUACGCCGGAGAGUACGCGGAUCUGACGAAGCCGCUGCCAGACCUCCUGCAGCGCUGCCAGGACGCGGCGCGGAAAUGGCUCAUCGACCAUGCAGGCCCGCUGUGCGAGGUGAAGAGGAAGGAAACGAGGGGCGGGACGGACGUCACUGUGACCAUGUCUGGCAAGGACGCGCUGGACAAGUCCAAGGCCCUGCUGCUGCGGUACGGGUUGGGCGGCAUCAACUUCGCGCACCGCGACUCGUGCGGCGACUUCCAGGCCCUGCUCCUCCUCUCGCAGCCGGGCGUCGACUAUACGGGUGGCGAAUUCUACCUGGCCGACGCCAACCCACCGUUUGAAACGCAGCCCUUCCCCUUUGCCGCCGCGGGCGAACUGCUCCUCUUUCGCGGCCGCCAGGGCCACGGCGCGGUCGAGUGGAAGCACGGCAUGCAAGAGGUGAAGGCCGGCAGUGCGAAAGUGACGCGUCGCGUGGCGGUCGGGUUCUUCCAGUAA